ACUCGCACGCACCCCUUCUGUUCUUCCAUAGGCAGUUCUUACAAAGGCAAUCUCGGAUCCGAGCUCACCGCCCACCAUCUCACACACCUGCCGCCCUCGCACUUUAUUGCUGCCUUGCAGCAGCAGAAGCGCAACAUGGCCCGCAAAGGCCAGCCAAAGGUCCGCACGGGUUGCUUCACAUGCAAAAUCCGUAGACUCAAGUGUGACGAGGCUCGCCCUUUCUGCGAUCGGUGCAUCCGGGCCGGCCGGACCUGCGCCGGCUAUGCCGUAUCCGUCUCGCAGGCCGCCCUCCCGUCCCCGCCGGCCCUCGCCGUCCAGCCCCGGCAGCUGCUCGCCGGCUCCAAGCACCCGCUCGAGUCCCGGGCCCUCCACUACUUCCGCAUCCAUGCCCCGUACCUCGUCGGCGGCCUGGAUGCCUACUUCUGGACAGACCUGAGCCUCCAGUUCAGCUGCUUCGAGCCCGCCGUCCGCCACUCCCUCGUCGCCAUCAGCUCCCUCUACGAGCAGCUCGCCGCCGGGCCCCAGACGCCCGCCUCGCUGCGCCACAACGACUUCGCCCUCACGCACUACAACGCGGCCAUCCAAGAGCUCAAACAGAGCAGCAACCAGCCCCUCGUCAUCUUCGUCUGCAUGCUCUUUAUCUGCAUCGAGUUCAUGCAGGCCAACGCCGAGGCCGCCGUCCGCCACUGCCGCCACGGCCUGAGGCUGCUGUGCGACCUCGGCACCAUCCACCCAUGGAUGCGCGACCGCAUCUGCCCAUCCUUCCACCGCCUGAGCAUGGUUCCCUUGGUCUUUGACGGCCUCGGCACUGCAGAUGUCCCGAGCCUGCCCUACGCAGACACCAUCCUCCUGAGCGACAGCGCCUUCUCCUCCAUGACGGACGCCCGGACGUCUCUGGACAUCAUCCUCGGGCGGAUCCUACGCCUAACGCACAAGGCCGCCCGGGAUCGAAACCGCCGUCCGCAUGCGCCCGCCGAAUCUGGCGACCUCGAGGACCUGGCGGCGACGACGACGACGACGCCCGAGCUGACGGCCGAGCGGCACGAGGUGGAAGACCUGCUGGCGCGGUGGCAACGCGCGUACGCGACAUUCGACCUGGACGUGAACCAGUACGCGCAGACAGUGUUCAAGAGGUACAAGAUGUCGCACCGGGUAAUGCACCAGGUGCUGCGGCAUGGCCUGCAGGUGCGCCUUGCGCUGUGCAGGGUGCUGGUGGCGACGUGCCUGGGCAGCAGCGGCGGCACCGACGACGACGACGACGACUGCUACGACGCGCACCUGGAGACACUGGCGUCGAUGGCGACGCUGGCCAUGGAGAUGCUCACGGCGGGCUCGUCAGAGAGCCACCAGAUCCAGGUGCGGCGGCCGCUCCACUUCGCCUUCGAGACGGGGAUGGCGCUGCCCAUGUUCUUCGUGGUGACCAAGUGCCGCGAGCUGUCGGUGCGGCGGCCGGCGCUGACGUGCCUGAAGUGGCUGACGGUGCAGCGCGAGUCGCUGUGGCAUCUGGCGAGCGCGGUGGCAGUGGCCAAGCGGGUGGUCGAGUGGGAGCACGGGGUGGUGCUCGAUGGCGAGUUCCGCGAGUGCGGCCCGGGCCCGGCGCAGUACCCGGGCCUGGCCCCAGGGUCCCGGCGGAUCCGCACGCACUGGCUGGACCUGGUGCAGCUGCACCUCCGAGACGGGGUCGAGACGCUGGACGCAGAAGUCCUCUUUGGCACACCGCCGGCAUCUACAUCAGCAUCAGCACCAGAAGCAAAACCAGACAGCAAGGUUGGCAGCCAUGGCAGCUGAAGUCGAAGCAGCAGCAGCGGGAGCUGGAACGACAACAAUUAACGCUGAUGUGGUUCGCCAAAGUGUUACGAGCGGAAUCGGGUUUUCGGAUUUUCUCGUCCCCGAAGUCGAUCUGGCCGCCUAGACUACAGUAGAUUGCUGGCGUCAGAAAGGGUUACUUUGCAGAGACUGGCCAGUGCGUCCCCGACCGUGUCGAUGAGCCGAGGCAACCCCCGCUGCAUGGUGAUU